CCUGUUGAUAAACAUGUUCCAGUCUGCUGUAUAUAAACGCAGGACAUGACCGGCAGGGUGAGUGAGGCUGGAUCACUGAAUGAAACUCCACACUGCGUGCUGAACAAAGUUAGUCUGUGUGUGUGUGAGUGAUGUCAGAAGCCGUGCUGUUGGAUCUCAUUCAUGGCUUCUGUUCAACAUGCUGCGUGUCCCUGCUGGAGGAACGUGCAGCAGAGCCGCAUGUGUUCCUGCUGUGUGGACAUUAUCAGCAGAACAACAGCUGUACUGACACAUCUGUGCUGUCAGGCAGCAGCGUGCAGGUGCUGGACUUCAGCUCCACCGCGGAGUGUUUGUACCGGUUCAAGCAGACUGUGGACGGGCUGAACCUGAGCUUGGUCACGGUCCUCACGUCUCCGCAGGGCAGACAGGUGCUACGUUUGUACCAGGACCUGCUUUUUACAGCCGCGUACACUUUUGACUACAAGGUGAUGUCAGUUGACAGUACCUGUCUGAGCUGCAGAAGUCUAGCCCACAAAGAUCCACCUGGAGAAAGAGUCCAUGAAGAAGUGUGCGCCUUACUGCAGCAGCUGCCUGCUCUACAGGGUGACGUCACGACUCUGGCGUCAUCACUGAUUCCAGACUGUUUCGGUCAUGGCUUCAGUACUCGUACAGGUGGAGUUUCCUACAUUCCCACUCUGUCCUCCUUGAAUCUGUUCAGCAGCAGCAGGAGGAGAGAUCCCAGGGCUGUGGUGCAGGAAAACAGACGGCGACUGGCCCUCCAUGCUGGUUUUCACCCUCAACCACUUCACUUUGUCAAGGUGAACCACGCCAGUGAUGUCUGGGUUAUGGGAAAAGCUGAGCCAGAGAGCUAUGAUGGGAUUGUAACCAAUCAGAGUGAAGUGGUUUUAGCAGCUCCAGGGGCAGACUGCAUGCCAGUCCUGUUUGCUGAUCCAGUGUCAAUGGUCAUCGGAGCGGCUCACGCAGGCUGGAAAGGAACCCUGAUGGGGGUUGCUAUGGCAACGGUAGAGGCCAUGGUGACAGAGUUUGGUUGCCAGGUGAGCAACAUCAUUGUGGCCGUUGGACCGUCAGUGGGGGCGUGUUGCUUCACUCUGGGGAGACAGCAGGCACUCGACUUCCAUCGAAUCCAUCCAAACUGUGUCUCUGAUCUACAGUCAGCCAGACCUCAUGUAAACAUCCGCCUCGCCAACAGAAUUCUCCUGGAACAAGGCGGGAUCCUGCCUGAGCACAUCCAUGACGACAUGAUGACAGACAGGUCUUGUGUGACGCCCUGCACCUCCUGUCACCCUGAGGCCUUCUUCUCCCACGUCAGAGACGGGAUCAACUUCGGCACCCAGGUGGGCUUCCUGUGGAUCAAAUCUGAAAAAGUCCAACCUUAAGCAGACAAGAUGGUGAGCGGUCGUUGCAGCUACCAUCCAUCUGGUGUUUUUGGGACUUUAUCCUUAUCCUCCUUCAUUUGUAUCAAUAGGUAAAAACUCUUUUUUUAUAUAUAUAUA